CUCGUCUUGACCCAACCUAACCUUACGUAGGCGACGACGGGACCAGACAUGGUGACUUUUUACAGUCGCCUUUAAGUCGAAGACGACUCGUCGAGGCUCCGCGAGGAGUAGCGGCACCAGCUGGCCACAUCGUAGAUCGUUCACGGCUACCUGCCGCUGUCCACGCCGUCCACGUGGAUCCCGCGAGGUCUCUCCCGAGCGCGGAGAGUGGUAAGAUCGACCAGUAAUGACGGACGCGUCGAAUUUACCGGGCGCCUGCAUGGGGCCGCGGGCGAUGUCGAGGAUGCUGCGGCAUCGCGCCCUCGAGUUCCUCACCUCGCGGAAGCACGCCAACAACCUGCUGGACAUAAUCUGCCACUGGGACGAGUCCACCUGUACGUGCCUCCUCACGAUAGAAAUGAUAUUCGUGGAGCUGCUCAGACGCGGCGACAUGUACAUGGAGCGUACGAUAUCCCUCACCAUUUCGGAACCUAGCCCAGAAUCUCGCUAUACCACCUGGCUAAGACAUUGCUACGAGGAAGUCUGGAAGAAAAUACUAGCGUCUAUGGAGAAGAAUCGGUCAGCCGUUCAACUGCAAGCCCUCACGACUGCGAUGAAGCUGAUGGCGGAAGAGGGUAAAGCGCCAACGGAGCCGCGCGACAAUCCGGGAUAUCACUUUCCUCUGCAUCGUUUGAAGCCUAUCCUGAUGACUCUAUUAUCUCCCGAAAAGGAUUGUACCAAUUUAAUAUCGAGAUUACAAGAGAUCACCGGAUACCCGGACGUUUUGUAUUAUACAUGGAGAUGCCUACCCUCUCUCACCCCGAAAAGGCAACCAAAAGAAAUUUACAUUAAGAAUCUUCUGGAACUUAUAGACAAAAUACCACUGCCAAAAGAAGAAGAAGAAUCCAGAAUGUCGGACAAUAAUGAACUUUUGUGUGGACCGCAACAAGAUGCAUUUACAUGGGAUCAAUCAAACGUUAAGCGCGUAUUGAACAAAGUCUGGGCCUGCGUUAUGCACUGGGAAUUAACGCCGCAGUUACACAAACAGUUGCUAAUAGUUUUGUUGGAACGAAUCAUGUCGCAUUUAGAGAAACCGGUACUGCUAACCGACUUUUUGAUGGACUCCCUAGACGCGGACGGUCCCGUCGGUGUACUCGCGCUGCAAGGUGUAUUCGUACUCGUCACCAAGCACAAUUUAGAAUACCCAAACAUUUUCACCAAAUUGUAUUCGAUGUUCGAGCCCGAGAUCUUUCAUACGAAAUACAAGGCUCGUCUGUUCUACCUGUCCGAUCUGUUUCUCAGUUCGACACAUCUACCGGAAACAUUAGUAGCGGCGUUCGCGAAGCGACUUGCGCGUUUAACGUUAGUCGCGCCACCGGAGGACAUCCUGAUAAUCCUGCUCUUCGUGGGCAACCUGUUGCUCCGACAUCCAGGACUGAAGAGGCUGCUCGAUCACCCGCAAGGCGGCGAGGUACCUUCGAACGAAAGCACCGGAGCGGGCGAUCCUUUUCUCAUGGAGGAGCGCGAUCCGUUGCUGAGUAACGCAUUGCUCAGCAGCCUCUGGGAGAUCCGGGCAUUGGAGUGGCACGUUCUACCGAGCAUCGCCACCGCUGCACGUUUUAUUCGCGAGCCACUGCCCUCGGUUGAAUACGACAUGGCAUCUGCAUUGGAGCGUACUGGCGGCCAUCUCUUCGAGAACGAAUUGAAGAACAAGGUCAAAGACAUCAUGCUGACGUUCGAGAGACCGAGCUCUAUGGCGCUGCCAAAGGGCGAGAGACUGUUGCAAUAUUGGCAGCUCACGCAUUGAUCCUGUACGCGGCGCGAUCACGACGCCGAGAGUGCAAUGUAUCGUGAGAAAAGGGCCGUUAUUAUCAGUGUCAUGGAAGAGGUAGGAGUCGAGAAUGAUGUUCAUGUUUCAAGUGAAGAAUAAAGACUUUGUGUUUUAUAUAUGGCAUAUCUGUACGACGAGAAAACCGAUACGUUAUACUGUUUCUUUAGCGUUCGACAUCUACGUUUAAAUAUUAAAAUGCGCAUAAUUCAUUGAUCGCGAUACUAGUAAGACAAAAUACCGCAUUUGCUUUUGUUUCUAUCAGUUGUACAAAUUGAUGGGAUUACAUUGUCUUAUAUGUAUGUAUAUACAAACGCUUUUAUGUACAUCAGUUUUAAUCGACAAGUUAUUAUUACAAUAUCAUAACGUAUGUCUGUUUGCGUCCAAUGCCUGGAAAAAAAAACCAUAAUAAAACAGGUUGUUAAUUUUGAUUUAA